AUGGCCCCUGAAGACGAAAAAACACCCGGAGGUCUGACCCCAGACGAAAAAGCCGACCACCACGAAGAUGGUACAUCGACAUCAACAGCCGCUAGCGUCAAGGAUGACACUGCAGUUAGCAGCUCCCAUUCAGAUGAAGGUCCUUCGAGGGUUAUGAACCACGAGAUUGAGGCUCUUGCACGACAACUCACCAGAGCUUCUACCACAGUCGGCGCCGAACUUCACGCUUUCUGUCCUCAGCCCGGAACGAGACUUGACCCCGGUUCGCCCAACUUUGAUGCACGAGCAUGGGUCAAGGCCUUUGUCAAACUCGACGAGUCCGAAGAUGGCGCUGCGCCUCCUCGCAGUCUCGGUGUCGCCUUUCGAGACCUGAAUGUCUUUGGAUGGGGUACCGGUGCUGAACACCAAAAGAGUGUUGUCGAUUACCCAUUGGAUCUUGUCAAGUCUUUGGUUGAUCUCUUGAGUCCUCGAAGAAAGAGACGUGUUGAUAUUCUUCGCAACUUUGAGGGUGUUGUGGAAGAGGGUGAAUUGCUUCUUGUGCUUGGACCUCCUGGAUCUGGUUGUUCGACUCUUCUCAAGACCAUUGCGGGUGAAACUGCUGGUCUUGAAGUUGACCCCCAGUCGUACAUGAACUUCCGAGGUAUCGAAGAAAGCCACAUGCGAACCUCGUUCCGCGGCGAUGUCCUCUACAACGCAGAAGUCGACACCCAUCUCGCCCACCUCACAGUCGGCGAGACCCUCUCCUUCGCCGCAAGCGCCCACUCCCGCCGUCACGUCCCCGGCGGUGUGACCCGUGCGCAGGCGGAUACAAUGAUGCGCGACGUCAUGAUGGCCAUCUUUGGUAUCAGCCACACUGUCGACACACGAGUUGGUGACGAUUUUGUUCGAGGUGUUAGUGGUGGCGAGAGGAAGCGUGUUAGUAUUGCCGAGGCUGCUCUUACGGGUGCCAAGUUGCAGUGUUGGGAUAACACUACGCGUGGAUUGGACAGUGGGAAUGCUAUCAACUUUUGCAAGACUUUGAGGCUUCAAGCUGAUCUUGUGGGAGUUGCUGGUGCUGUUGCUAUCUACCAGGCACCUCAGUCAGCUUACGAUUUGUUCGAUCGCGUCACUGUCCUUUACGAGGGAAGGCAGAUCUUCUUUGGCAAGAUUACCGAAGCAAAGCAAUACUUUGAAAGCCUCGGCUUCGAGUGCCCUGAUCGACAAACAACUCCCGACUUUCUCACUUCAAUGACCAGCCCCCAAGAGCGACGAGUAAAGCCCGGCUAUGAACACACAGCCCCCCGAACCCCCGAUGAAUUCGCCGAACGCUGGCAAGCCAGUGAACCCCGCAAGCACCUCCUCCGCGAACUCUCAGAAUACGAGCAAAACCAUCCUCGUGAGGAGCGUCUGGCUGAAUAUCAAACUUCUCGCCGUGCGGAGCAGUUCAAGAGCCAGCGCGCCAAGUCUCCCUACACCAUCUCAUAUGCGCACCAGGUUAGGCUCACACUUUGGCGUGGCUGGCGUAGGUUGCUUGCUGAUCCUGGAUUCACGAUUGCUUCGCUCUUGUUUAACUUGAUCAUGGCUUUGGUUUUGGGAAGUGGACUCAUCUUUUUCUCGCUGCUUUUCAACGCUUUUGCUAGUCAGCUCGAGGUUUUGACUGUGUACGUCGAGCGUCCUGUGGUUGAAAAGCACAACCGCUACGCAUUCUACCACCAGUCAACCCAGGCCAUCGCCAGCUACCUCAUCGACAUUCCUUACAAGACGCUCAACAUGUUUGUUUUCAACAUCACGGUGUACUUCAUGGCCCACCUACGAAGAGAAGCAGGCAACUUCUUCUUCUUCUGCCUCGCCUCGUACCUCACCACGCUGGUCAUGUCAAGCAUCUACCGCACGCUAGCCUGUCUCACUCGCACCUCGCACCAAGCCAUGGUUCCCUCUGCGCUUCUGAGUCUCGGGUUGAUGAUCUACACCGGCUUCACCAUCCCCACCGACUAUAUGCUCGGAUGGUCUCGCUGGAUGAACUACAUCAACCCUCUAGCUUAUGCGUUCGAGGCUCUCAUGGCGAAUGAGUUUCACAACAGAGAGUUCCCUUGUGCCCAGAUGGUUCCUCGUGGCCCUGGCUACGAUGAUCUCCCUCCUGAGUCGAGGAUUUGCGCUGUUGUGGGUGCUGAGCCUGGAUCAAACGUUGUCAGCGGCGAUAGGUACAUCAACAUGUCGUUUGACUACAGCAACGCUCACAAGUGGCGAAACGUCGGUAUUCUCUGCGGUUUCCUCGUCGCCUUCUUCCUCGCCUACAUCGUCUCUGCCGAAUACGCCAAGCCUCCCCGGAGCAAGGGUGAAGUCCUCGUCUUCCGCAAGGGCAAGAUGCCUCCUUCUCUCAAGGAGAGUAGCAAGGGUGAUUCCGAAGCUCAAAAGACUGAGCGUCCUGUUGUUGCUGAAAAGGUUGCCAACAAUGGAUCGAGCGGCCUCGCUGCUGGUGCAUCUGUCUUUCACUGGGAGGAUCUCUGCUAUGAUAUUCAGAUCAAGGGUAAUGAGCGACACACACGCAUUGACGGCAAGCCAACCGACUCUUCCUUCCAACACCGUGUCGGCUACGUUCAGCAACAGGAUGUCCACUUGAACACCAUGACAGUCCGCGAAGCUCUCGAGUUCAGCGCCCUCCUCCGUCAAUCCGCAGAAAUCUCCCGUGAAGAGAAGAUCAAGUACGUCGAACAGGUCAUCGAAAUGCUCGACAUGCAGGAAUUCUCCGACGCUGUCAUUGGAACGCCUGGUGAGGGUCUCAACGUCGAGCAAAGGAAGCGUCUUACUAUCGGCGUCGAAUUGGCUGCUCGUCCACAACUGCUUGUCUUCCUUGAUGAACCUACUUCGGGUCUUGACUCUCAGACUUCUUGGGCUAUUUGCGAUCUUAUUGAAAAGUUGACUGCUAGUGGCCAAGCUGUUCUCUGCACUAUUCAUCAACCUUCGGCUAUCCUGUUCCAGCGAUUUGAUAGGCUGCUUUUGCUCGCACCUGGAGGAAAGACUGUCUACUUUGGAGACCUCGGAAUCGAAUCCAAGACCCUCCUCGAGUACUUUGAACGCAACGGUGCCCCUCCCUGCCCCCCUGACGCCAACCCCGCCGAGUACAUGCUUCAAAUCAUCAAGCCUGCUCACGAUGACGAGGAGACCAUCGACUGGCACCAGGUCUGGAGAGACUCCCCUGAGUUCAAGGACGUCAAGAAGGAGCUUGUGCGACUCAACUCUCUUGCAUCUACCCAGCCUGAAGGUUCCUCUGCAUUUGCCGACGGUGAUCAGUCUCAGCACAAUGAAUUUGUGGCUUCCUUCAUGACGCAAUUCCGGGAGGUUCUUAUCCGCACUUGGAAGCACUUCUGGAGGUCGCCUACCUACAUCUGGUCCAAGACUAGCCUGAUUGUUCUUGCUUCCCUGUAUCUCGGCUUCAGUUUCAACGCCAAUAACAGUAUCCAAGGUCUCCAAAACCAGCUCUUCGCCAUCUUUAUGUACCUCGUCCUGUUUGGAAACAUCAACGAGCAAAUCAUGCCCAUGUUUGUUCCCCAGCGCGCCCUCUACGAAGUCCGCGAGAGACCCUCCAAGAUCUACCGAUGGAACACCUACAUCUUGGCCAACAUCCUUGUCGAAGUCGUAUGGAACAGCUUCAUGGCUGUCAUCAUGUACUUCUGCUGGUACUACCCCGUGGGCUUUGUGCAAAACACCACAUCAGACGACGUCAGCAUUCGUGGAUUCCUCGUCUUCCUCUUCCUCCUCAUGUUUAUGCUCUUCACAAGCACCUUUUCUCACUUUGCCAUUGUGUGGAUUGAGACUGCUGAGGAAGCUGGUGUUCUCGCCUCGCUUUUGUGGAUGCUUUGCAUUUCUUUCUGCGGUGUUGGUGUCCCUUAUCAGGACAUCCCCAAAUUCUGGACCUUCAUGUACCGCGCAUCUCCUGGCACAUACCUAAUCAGCGGCAUCAUGUCAACCGCUGUGUAUGGCUCCAACGUCACAUGCGCCGACAACGAGGUUCUUCACAUGGCGGCCCCUGCCAACUUGACUUGUGAAAUCUUCAUGGGUCCCUUCGUCCAGGAGGCAGGUGGAUAUCUUCUCAACCCUCUGUCUUCCGAUACCUGCCAGUACUGCGCCCUCGCUUCGACGGAACAGUAUCUGCAAAACUUCAAGAUCAACUAUAGCGACAGAUGGUGGCACUUUGGUCUUCUUUGGGUCUACAUCGCCUUCAACGUUGCUGCUACUCUCGGUCUUUACUGGUACUUCCGAGUGCCCAAGGGCGCCGGAGUCAAGCGAAAGUAA